UGCUUAACAAGCACUGUUUUGAAGCUCUAGACAAAACUAUGAAUGACAUCAUGAAGACCCAAGCAACUUUUGGCCACGAUAAACCCUUUGGAGGAAAGGUAGUUGUUUUGGGUGGGGACUUUCGACAGAUUCUGCCAGUAAUUUUGAAAGGAAGUAGAUCAGAAAUCAUUUCUUCUUCUGUGAAUUCAUCAUACCUAUGGAAGCAUUGUAAAGUAAUGAAGUUAACUACCAACAUGAGAUUACAACAAGCAGGGUCCUCUUCUUCAUCCUUGGAGAUCAAAGAAUUUGCGGAUUGGCUUCUUCAAGUGGGCGAUGGCACGGUUAAGCCAAUCGAUGAGGAUGAUUCUAUUAUAGAAAUUCCCUCUGAUUUGUUGGUGAGGGAGUCCGAUAAUCCCUUACUUGAGUUAGUCAAUUUUGCAUAUCCCAAUGUUGUUGCUAAUUUGGAGAACCAUGCAUAUUUUGAACAAAGAGCACUCCUUGCUCCCACUCUUGAAAGUGUUGAAGAGGUUAAUAACUUCAUGAUGUCAAUGAUCCCUGGGGAGGAAACAGAAUAUUUGAGUUAUGACACACCAUGCAGGUCAGAUGAAGACUCUGAAAUAGAUGCAGAAUGGAUCACUUUAGAAUUUCUAAAUGAUGUUAAGUGCUCUGGUAUUCCCAACCACAGAAUUGUUCUCAAAGUUAGUGUCCCUAUCAUGUUAAUUCGAAACAUUGAUCAGUCUGCUGGAUUGUGUAAUGGAACAAGAUUGAUAGUGAGCGCUUUGACACCUUAUAUCAUUGUUGCAACAGCUCUUUCCGGUUCUAAAACAGGUAAACCUGUUUAUAUUCCUAGGCUUAGCUUAACUCCUUCUGAUACUGGCCUUCCUUUCAAAUUCUCAAGGAGACAGUUCUCUAUUACUGUUUGUUUUGCUAUGACUAUAAAUAAGAGCCAAGGCCAGUCGUUAUCGCAUGUUGGAUUAUACCUUCCUAAGCCGGUGUUCACGCAUGGCCAGCUAUAUGUAGCUCUAUCAAGAGUAAAAUCUAGAAAAGGGUUGAAGAUACUUAUAGUCGAUGACAAAGGAGUAGUAUCUAAUUGCACUCGGAAUGUUGUGUAUGAAGAAGUAUUCCAGAACAUAUGA